CGGACAAGGAAAGCAAACGCGAUUUAAUUGUUGAUUAAAUUUUAGUUAAUGCUUUCCAUCAUCAUCUCAUCAUCUCAUAAUAAUCUAUUUAAUAAUUGUAAUUGUGGUUACAUUAACAGUCAUUUACAGUUUGAGUACAGCAACAAUAAUGGAUACAAUUCAAUGGAUUCAACAGUGAAGUUAAUUCAUCUAAGCGAUGAUCAUUCAAACAAUUUUCACUUGACAAGACGAUUUAGUCUAAAUUAAUCAUUUAAAUAAGUUUAGUUGUGAGCAAUUGAAUCCAUCAAUACAAUCAAAUGCUCGCUUUAACUGAUUUGUUUCACUAUUUGGAUAUAACGAGCCAUGUAAAUGUACUCGUCAGCUCAAAUUAUGGAUUGAAUUGCAAGUAACAAGAAAAAAAAUUGAUUGAGAUUUAUAUUAAAACAGAGAAAAGGUUAUCAAAAUAAAUUGAAUUAAUUUGAUUUUAAAACAGUGUCUAGUUCAAUAAGAUGAAGGUUUACAUUUUAAAAUGAUUCAAUGUUUUAUACAAUGAAUGUCAAGAGUUAACAUGUAUUGCUCAUCUCAUGAUGAUUUAUUGUUUAAUUUACUCAAAUCUUUCCGCUUACAAGUCAUUCAAAUCUGCUUGGAAACUUGGGUCAAGUCUGAUGAGGAAAAAAAUAUACCAAUGUCCAUGAAUCAAUGAUUUCCAUCACAAUUAAAGUUCAAUUGUUUGUGCUUUCCAGUCGUUUGUUUACAUCUUUCAGUUGUCCUUAAAAAAAUGUAUAAACAAUGGUCCAAAUUGUGUUUGUCAUUAAUUUUGAUUGUCAAUGUUUUUCACCUCUUUUGUGCUGCAAGUGAAUCAAAUGAAACUCUGCCGUCUACUCUUGAUAAAUUGUCUCACGAUUAUACCACAGUUUUUGUUGAUUUACUGAUUCGAAGUUUGGAAUAUAAUCGAGGAAGUUAUCUUUGUCAUAAUGAUUUACUUCGAUUAGCGCAAGAUUUGCAAAAAAACGAGGCGAAUGCAAAGAAAAUGGUUGAUUACUCUGGUCGUAUUCCAGCUCAAUCAAGUAAAUCUUUCAUUGAUUUUGGAUCUUACCAACAAUGCAUGAAACUCAGAUCAUCUACUUAUUGCCUGAUAACAGGAACAUCAGAGGAUAAUCUUAUUCAGUCCAAUGAACGAACUGUUUGGCAUGAAAAAAAUUCAACAAUCAAUUACAUGGUUGAUCUCAGUCAUCAUCUCAACGUUUCACGAAAAGCUUCUCUCAUGUUGGGUUUAUGUCUUCCGUCAAAUUGCUUUGGGUCAGAUGUUGAGGAUUUUUCAUCAUCAUUGUUAUCUUAUACCAACUUAACGGUUCGUCUUGAUAGGUGUGAAAAGCCGGUUCCAACUCCAAUUAAAUUGUCUCGUUAUGAGACAAUUGCUUUGGUUUACUUGGGUAUUCUGGUGGUUUCACAUUUAAUGGGCCCAUGUAGCUCAAGUGAUAAACCUUUAUCAUCCUUUAAUAUUGCCUCAAGUUGGAAAUCAUUUGUAUCACAUUCAAUUCGUAAUCCAGAGGAUCAAGUAAAUUGUAUUUAUGGUCUCAAGACAAUGUGUAUGGCAGCAUUGAUUUUGGGGAAUCUUCAAUAUUCAACUUCCAUUCCAUACAAAUUUGAUUUAAACAAUAAUAUUGAUGUUAAAAAUAGUUAUCCACUGAUUGGUAAUCCAACCAACAGUUAUCUUCAUUUGAUAGACACUUUCUUUUUCAUUUCUGGAUUUUUGGCUCUACGUUCAGCUUAUUCCAGGCUUCGAAGUAUUAAACCUAAGAAGGUCAUUUUUGUUCGCUGUUUUAAAUUUUCAUCCAUGAUAACGGUAACUUUAGCAUUAUAUUUUGCCCUCUUCAAUGGUUUCAUUAAAUCAAAAAUAGCUGGACCACUUUGGGAAUCAUUUUAUGGAGCCAGAGGUUUAUUACCAGCUUGCAAGGACCAUUGGUGGUCUGAGAUUUUGAUGAUUGAUAUUUGGAGAUUUAAAUACAACCAUUGUACAAUCAGUUCAUGGUAUUUGGCCAUCGAUUUGCUCAGUUUUUCAAGCUCUCUCUACUUUGUUAUUCCCUGGCUUGAAAUGAAGUUUAUCAUGAUUGUUUUGGUAAUCCUUUCCUUUAGUACAGGUUUACUGGCGACAGGGUUUAGUUUGUACAAAAUUAAUUAUCCAUCAACCAUUGUCUCUAAUCAACUAUUUACUCCUGGUUAUUUUGAUUAUAUCAAUUUUUUCUUGACCAAACCAUGGAUCCAUGGAGUUUGCUACAUGAUGGGAGUUCUCACUGCCUUUUAUAUGAGAAAACCAAGAUCCAGAUUAUCCAAGCUCAAUCGGAAAUUAGGCACUUUUCUAUCCAUUGGUUCAUUUGUUUUGGUCCAUUGGCUUGAAUCUUCUUGGUCAUCUCGAUCAACUUCAUCAUCUUUCAAUCGAUUCUGGUUAAUCUUCUAUGGAAUUGUUGUUCGCUUUUUUUGGUCUGCUGCUUUUGGAUGGAUGAUUUAUUUAAUCAACAGUCAGAACCAAUUUAAAUGGAUUAAUCGUUUCCUUUCUCAACCCUUUUUCCGUUGCCUCUCUAAACUUAACAUUUCACUGCUAUUAACCAAUUUCCUCGUUAUUAGACUUCGUAAUGCAACUCAUCAGCUUCCUGUGAGCAGAACAAUAAUAGAUUGGUUUAUUUAUUAUCUCGUUCCCAAUUUGAUCCUCAUUUAUGGCUUGGCUCUGCUUUUGACGUUAAUCGUUGAAAUACCAGCAACUCGAGCAGCAAUGAAAUAUAUAUCAAUGCCUGAAAGAGGAGGGACUGGGCGCAUAUUAACUCGGCCACAAAUCUAUAGCGACAUUAAAGUUGUUAACAACACAAUAAGCCAAGAAGUUGCCAAAAAUGGUCCAUAUCAAGUAUCCUUUGAUGGAUCAACUAUUCAUUCUGUUAAAUUUUGAAAAGAUUUCCGUUGUAAUAGAAUAAUAGAAAGUAAAAAAUACAGUAGUAACUAGGAUUAAGUUAACAAAAAAGGGGUCAGACUUAGGUUAAUUAUUAGGUGUUGCCAUCUCGAUAUUUAGUUUCAGGCACUAAACAAUAGGAAACUGGACAAAAUUCAAUUCAAUCGUAGAGGUACUUUUAUCCUUGUUAGAUGGCGACUAUGAAAAAAAUCUUCGAUUUUGUUAACUUGAGUCUGACUACUGCUGUAUAGUAUUAUAAUAAUCAUUGUUAUUGUAACAAUAAAAAAUAUGAUGAUGAUGAUGAC